AUGUCCACGAAUGAAUUAGUGGUAAGAAACCAUAAAAGCCACACCCCCUCCUCUCUCCCUCCCUCCUUCAGAGCAGCGACAAAGAAGCAGAAACACUCUCCAGCAACAAGAGAGAGAGAGAGAGAGCAGAAUAAAGCAAGCAAGGAAGGAAGGAACAAGAAAGAGGGAAAGAGGACAGAGGAGGAGGAGAGGGUGAAGGGCGAAGAAAGAAAGGGAGAAGUGAAGGGAGGAGGGGGAGUGUGUAGCCAGCCAGCCAGGCCCUUACUGCCCUGCCCUGCCCUGCCCUCCUUCGACGACGUCGUCAGGGAGGGGAGGCAAGAGGAGGAGAAGAAAGAGUAUCAGGAGGAGCAGCAGCAGGUGGAGCGGGACAGGGAGGGAGUUGGGGCGUCUCGGUGGUGGCGUGUGCGGGUGCCGCGAUGGCCAGGGUUUGAGUUGCAGAGACGGCUGGCGUUUUUACUGCUCAUGGCCGCGCGGCGUCAGCCAGCUGCUGCGGCUUCUCCCGCUGGAUUGAAGAUCAACGUAAAAGCAGGGGUGGGAGCUUCGAAUUUAAGUAAGGAAGGUCACCCGCAAGAGAGUGGGGAGGACGUCUCGGCUGAACCAGGGGACGGCCCAACAACGAACGCAGGAAUGCUGAAGCGAAAACGGUUAACCCCCCCGGCGUCUCCUACUGCCAGUAAGAGGCCUCCAAGGGGUGAUUCGCCGAAUCCUGCGGUUGCGAACGGGGAGCUGGUGGAGACAGUAACUAAGAAAAUUGCAUCAAAUUUUACUGAUCUCAACGUUGCCAAGCACGACGUUGGGAAACCUGAUGUAGUAGUUGGAUCUGAAGUAGGGACAGAACCGGCGGAAUUAGGGGCAGUUAGAGUAAGUGAUGAGGGAAAUAAGGCUAUACCAAGUGCACAGGGCGAGUUCCCAUUGAGCUCUGCAGCAACAGACCACCAACAUGGUGUGUCAAGUGCAGCGCAGGACACAGACACGGAUGCCGUGCAGGUCCGUGAUCAGUCGCAACCGGAGGUCAGUGGGUUGCAGGUGUCAUCAUCUUUGGCUGCAUCGAAUCCCACGGCUUCAGUGAAUGAAGAACCUAAGUAUCAUACGAUUCCUACCCAUGCUGGCUGGUUUUCAUGGACUGACAUACACACGCUGGAGAAGAGAGGUUUGCCGGAGUUUUUUAAUGGUAAAGUCCCUGGAAAAACACCAGAGAUGUACAUGAAAUACAGGAAUACAAUAAUGAAGAAAUAUCGUGAGCAUUUUGGGAAGGUCAUAACCGUUGCUGAUGUGCAAGAGCAUCUCGAUGAUGUGGAUGAAAAAUCUGUACAUCGAGUUAUGGAAUUUCUGGACCAUUGGGGACUUAUUAACUAUCAAGCUCCUGCUGAGUUUCUGCCUCCCUGGAAGCACCCUGGUCCUAUUCUGAAGUCUGAUGCAGCUCUCAUGCUGCGGGCUUUGCCACGGAAAGGUUCAAGUUUGUAUCAUUGUGAUACAUCUUGUACUCCUGUUAUUGAACAGAAUUUAGUAAAAUCAAAACCAGUUAAGACAACAGAGUCAGUCAUUGCAGACAUGCUUGCAUUAGAGGGAGGAGCUGAAGUGGAGUAUCAUUGCAAUUUUUGUAGUGCGGAUUGCAGUAAGCAACGUUAUCACUGUCAGAAGCAGGCCGAUUUUGAUUUAUGUCCUGAGUGCUAUAAUGAAGGGCAAUUUGGGCCCGACAUGGUGCCGACCGAUUUUAUGAAAAUGGAUGUUACUGAAGCAUACAAUGCGAAUGGGGGAGGGUGGUCGGAUCAAGAGACCCUCCUGCUGCUGGAGGCUUUAGAACUAUAUGGAGAUAACUGGAACGAAAUAGCUGAGCAUGUUGCAACUAAGUCAAAGUCACAAUGUAUCUUGCAUUUUAUUCGGCUUCCUGUUGAGGACCCCUUUUCGGAAGACUCAGAUGGUUUUGUAUUAACUAAUAAUGUCCCUGUUACGUCUUCCGUUACCCAAACGGAUAGCGCACCCCAGCCUGAAUCAAAAGAAGAGGGAACAGCAGAGGAAGAACCUGAAGAUGGUACUCCUAAUAAGGAAAGCACGGAUGUUGCAGUUGAAUGUUUGGAUGAAGAUUUAGUGAUGCCAACAAACCUUGCCGCAUUUGCUGAAGCUGGCAAUCCAGUCAUGGCCCAGAUGGCGUUCCUUGGAACUAUGACUGGAUCAAAACUGGCUGGAGAGGCUGCAAAAGCUGCAUUAGCAGCGCUAACAAUGAAAGAUCCUGGGGUUUAUCUUGCAGCAGGGACUGCUAUGAUAUUAGAAGACCCAGUUGACAUCGUUAAACCAAGUGAAUCGGAGAAUCCCGACAGAUCAGUUCAGGCAGAUGAGAGUAUGCAAAGUGGAGAUGAGACUACGUCAGCAGGCGAUGCAGGCCCAAGCUCAUCUAGUGGGGUCAAAAUGCCUCCGAACAAUACCACUGCCACUGCCCUUAACAAUGAUGAUGCCCUCACGCAAUUAGAACCAAAUAUAGGUAAGGAGCUUGUUCAUAAAGGCGGUAUGACAGAGAAAAAAUUGGACAUCAUGGAGGAGAGUAAGGUUGCAGGAUGUGUGAAGCGGGCCGCAGCGAGUGCCAUGGCGGCUGCAGCUGUCAAAGCUAAGCUCCUGGCCGACCAGGAAGAGCGUGAGAUGCACCGAUUGAUGGCAGUGGUCAUUGAACACCAGUUGAAAAAGCUGGAGCUCAAGUUGAAACUUCUUAACGACUUAGAUAGCGAAUUAACAAAGCAAUGCGAGUCAGUUGAACGUGACCGAUUAAAUUUUUUUGCGAAUCAGGCCCGAAUAGCAGCCUCCCAUAUGGGUACAAGUUCUAAUUCUAAUCCCCCCACGUCUCCCGCUAGGCAACAACAGCCUGCUGGGCAACAUCACCAACCUGUUGGGUCACAUCACCAGGUUGGCGGGCAAUAUCAUCAGCCUGCUGGGCCUCAUCAAUUUCAACAUCAACAUCAACAUCCUGCUGCCAUGGUCCAAGGGCCUGUCUCCUUUCAAGGGCAGAUGGUUUAUGGGCCUGGUUUUCAAGGUAUGGCCCAUCCUCCUGGUAUAUCUUCCAAUCAACAAAUGCAGCCCAACAAUGCAGCUGCUUUCAUGCAGUCGCAAUUAUAUCAAGGACUUGCAAAUUCAGUGCAUGCGGGAGCUGCUAUCGCCAUGCAACAAAACCAUUUCGGAAGACAAAUGAUGAUCGGAGGAAACACACCACCUCAUUUGCUUCAGGGACGUCAUGUAGGACCUCAAGAGGUAAACCCUCCCCCUCAAGUCGUUGGGAGGCCUUUGAUACAAUCUGAUGAUGCCCCUGGUCAAGGGUUACGUGGGCCUAUGCCAGGCAUGCCAGGAUUAUCAAGACCUGUGCCAGGCGGUGCAUUAGGCGGUAUGCCACAGUAGAUUCAAAGUCGUGUUUACAAAGAUCUGUUGUAUGUAGAGUAGAAAUGGAUUAAUGCUCACGCUUCUGAAGGUGAAUUUAGGUUUUCUCAUACAAGAGUUGUAACUUUGCUGGGAUAUCAUUAUCUUGAGACUUUGUAGAAUGGCACGAAAACAUACAUAGUUGACAGGAUUUCAAGACGAUGUCUGAUUUAUCUGUCAUCUCUGGCUGCACAUGUGGUCAUUGCUUCAAGCUAGUGCAAGGAGGUGCAUUGCAUUCGCCCAUGUAAACAAGCCCUCUCAUAUCCAGAAGUUCGGACGUUUAGAACGUGCAUAACCUUCUGAUGAGGCGCAUUAAAUGAAGAGAAAAGAACUGGUGUAGGAAGUGGCCUGUGCUGUACCCUAAAUAAGUGUUUUUAGAUUUUAGAGGAUGCCAAAGCUGGCAACCUAUUGUAAUUAGCACAGCCAUGUAUGGGUGUGGUGGAAAAGAGCUUCAGAUGCAUGGUUUAUGCGCUUCGGUAGAAACUCAAUUAGUCAAUUAAUCCUGGGGCAUUCUAUUAACUGUUGCAGCAGUUUCUGUUCUGCUACCCUAAUGUGCUCCAAAAAGUAUAGGAUUUAGGAUUUUCAGCACGAGCAACAACUGAAUGUAUGUCGUACCCACUAAUUUCUGACACUUGGAUGGGCGCUCAUUCACCGAUUUUCUCAUUGAUCCAAAAUUUGUUGCGGGAUCUGCCCAAGUCUGGGAAACAUGAAGAAUGAAGCAAAUAUAUUUAGGCUUGGAUUUAGUAGUCUACUUGAAAUCGAGAGGGCAGCUCUCAUUUCUUCUCUAGGGACUUCUCAAGGGCCUUGCCCCAUGAGUCUUAUUUUCAAUAUGAACAGUUCUUAUUGCUUC